UUCGUGACUAGGGCCCUCAAUCAUCGACGGUACGGUAGUUCCAUAAAUACGGCAUUCUGGGGCGUCGGACCGUCGGUUAGUUCACAGAAUUCCCGCCACUUCCGUGAUCCCAGCCAAUUCCUCGGCCCCGCAGCCUCGAGAGCAACUACCGUAGUUACCGAUAGACCACCCACACUGAACCUGAACCGCCCCCCAGCCCAGCCGAAACACCCAAACCGAUGCACACGGACACGGCACACCCACGAUGUCGCGCCACCUCCUCCUCCGCCCACUCCUGCGGUCCUACAGCAGCAGCACGCGCAAACCUCCCACUCCCUUGCCCACCACCAGCACGCAAGCCUACCCACUGACGGGAUUCUACGCGGACCUACUUCUGUACCCGCUCACGCCCGCGAACGCACUCCCGCCGGGCGCACGGGUGAUAACCCCCGCCUCCGCCGCGGACCCGGCGGUCCCCGCGACGGAGCCGUUCUCGCCGCACGAGCCGAGUACGCCCCCGGAGCAGCAGGAGCGCGAGGCGCGUGCACGGGUGGUGUUCGGGUCGCGACUGGCAGGGCCGGGCGACGACGAGGCGCGGCUGAAGGAUAAGCAGACGCGCGGGCAGAUGAUCGCUGGUGUAUGGGUUCCGCCGAAGCCGGUCGAGCCAGAUAAUUGCUGCAUGAGCGGGUGCGUCAACUGCGUGCUUAGUGCGUUCGUUGAGGACUUGGAUGAGUGGAGGCGCGCGAAGAGGCGCGCGGAGGAGCGGCUCAAGCUGACUGAGAGGGGUGGGGAGGAUGCGGCGGAUGCGGGCGAGGUGGAGGGGCUGUGGGACGGGUUUGAGGACAUUCCUGUGGGACUCAGGGUUUUUAUGGAAACGGAGAAGAGGCUCAAAGGCAAGGCGUAGUUAUUGUGGGUGGGUGGGCACGUCGGCCCCUUGAUUUUGGACAAGAACUCGGCGAUACCGUCUAGGAAAGAUUAAACCAUGAUACCACCAUAUCGCACUCUGCAACCCUCUCGCUCCCCUCCUCCACCUCCUCCUCCAUUACAAUACACGCCAUCACCCGCU